AUCAAACACACAAAAUACAAAUAACAAAAGAGAGAGCCAAGCGGCCACCAUUGCUGGUCUCAAAACAAACACUGCGAUCUUUCUUCAGGAUCGCGUCGCCUGGAAAUUCUUUUUGAAAACCCUAGAAAAUCACACACAUUUUCAGAACUCUUUUAUAUUUUUGUUUUAAUAAAUCAAAAUUCGCUUUUUUUUUUUUUACCACAGGAAAUUCUUUCGAUUUUUACCAUUAUAUAAAUAUUUUUUUUUCUUCUUCCCGUUUUUUGCCGCUUAAUUUCUAUCGUCGAUCAACAACUCGUCGACUCUCACACAGAAACAACAACAGAAUAAACCCUAAAUCAAUCAAUGUCUACCGAGAGUGUAGGUAACAACAAUAACAACGGCGUGAGUAGCCCCACCCAAUCACGUGGUGGUGGUGGCGGCGGCGGUGGUGGCGGCACGAAAGCAGUUGCAGUUUCGCCUCCGUGGACGCAAGUCGUGCGAGGCGAAUCGGAUUCGAUCGCGUCCGUUCCUUUAUCGCCGUCAGUGUCGCCGACGGCUGUGGCUGUGGUUGAAAAAACUGAGGAAGAGAGUGCGGAGUGUGGGACUGGCAAUGCAGGAAAAAAGCCAGUGUGGAGCAAGCCGUCAAACGGGGCGGCGGAUGUUGGGCCAGUGAUGGGGGCUCAUGCAUGGCCCGCUUUAUCGGAAACUACUCGGGGCUCUUCAGCAAAGUCAUCUUCUGAAUCGUUGAAAGGUUUAUCUGAUGGAUCAUCAUCAUCAUCGGUUUCGCAGGGUACUGGAACAGCAAAUUCAACAUCCCAGCGACAAGGUAAUAAUAAUGGGAACCCUAAUUCAACUCCAAGCCAUACAGCCUUGACACGCCAAAGAUCUAUGAAGCGUAAUGGUGCAAAUUCUUCUUCAAAUGGUGGCCUUACUCAUCCACCAGCCCCACAGGGUCCUGCUGUUGAAGGUCCCUUAAAUAAUCCUUCUCCAAGAGAUCAUUCUCAGCAACGUGGUUCAUUCAGGAACCGCAAUGGUAAUUCACAUCCUCGUGGAGAUGGUUCUCACCAUCACAAUUAUGGGGGUAGACGUGAUCACGACCGUGGAAAUCAAGAUUGGAAUGCUCACCGAAAUUUUAACGGUAGAGAUGGCCACAUGCAGCCCCAGAGGGUUAUGCAAAGGUUUACGAGGCAUCCACCUCCACCGCCACCACCACCGCCAUCGAGUUCUAGUCAAUUUAUUCCACCCCCACCAGUGCGCCCUUUUGGCAGCCCCAUUGGCUUUCCUGAGCUGGCUUCGCCUGUGUAUUAUGUUCCGGCUCCACAUUCAGAGACACUUAGGGGUGUGCCUUUUGUUGCACCUCUUCCACCACAUGCUGUGUUUUUCCCUGCUUUGGACCCUCAUUUGCAUUCUAGCAUAGUCAAUCAGAUAGAUUACUAUUUUAGUGCCGAGAAUUUAAUUAGAGAUACAUACUUGCGGCAAAACAUGGAUGACCAGGGUUGGGUUCCUAUUACAUUAAUCGCAGGCUUCAAGAAAGUUUCACUGUUAACUGAUAAUAUCCAACUGAUUUUGGAUGCGUUGCGAAGUUCAACUGUUGUAGAAGUACAGGGUGACAAAAUAAGGAAACGAAACGAUUGGAUGCGUUGGAUAAUACCUCCAGGUCGCCGUCUGGGGAUUUGAGUGCAGGGAUAGGUCAAGUCAGCCUUCAAGGGGGUUUCGAUCGCUCUAAUUCAGCCGGAAAUACAAAUUAGUAGAGUUGGCAAAUGGUAAAGAAUCGGUCGAGAGGGUUUUGAGGUCAUUUUGAAUAUAGUGGUUUUGCCUUGCAUGAUGGAAGCUGAUUUCAGAUACAAAGUUCCCCCACACCCC